AUUUUGAGAUUGUGUGUGCAGCUGUUGUCUCUGCUCUGCUACCGCAACAGGUUUGGCGGUGUUGUUUCCUUUGGUAAAAUAAAUUUUGUAAAUAUAUAUUUUGUCAUCGAAACGUUACUGAAGAAGAGGUCCAAAUAACAGUAUAUCUUUUUACUUUAUUUUAAGUGUUUACUAUAUGUCAUGUGUACCCAUAAUAUGGAGGUGGGAUGGAGAUUUUGGGAGUGGCCAUGGGUUGAGUGGAAAAACACUCAAAUGUGCAAACACAACUGUUAGAAGAUUAUCACGGCUGGACAGUGCUUUCUGAACAGGAAUAUGCUGUACUCCAUGUGGCUUGUUUUACUUUUGGGUUUGAUUCACACCACUCCUAAUAAAUCAGCUUCGGUCCGACUAGUGAAUGGAUUCCACCCUUGUUCUGGACGUGUCGAGGUUUUCUACAGUGGUCAGUGGGGAACGGUGUGUGAUGAGAAUUGGGAUCAGGAGGAGGGUGUGGUGGUGUGUAGAGAGAUGGGCUGUGGAUCGUUGAAAGAGGGAAAAAAAGACUCAUUUUUUGGAGACGGCACAUUACCGGCAUUGAUGACUAAAGUUGAAUGUGUCGGCACUGAAUCCAGUUUGAUUAUUGUCCAUCAGACAAAGAGCAAAUAUCGUGUGAUAAUAAAGGUGCUGGAGUCAUUUGUUCGCCCAAUGUUAGACUGAUGGACGGCUUCGACUCUUGUUCUGGACGAGUGGAGGUGUUUAAAGAUGGUCAGUGGGGAACGGUGUGUGAUGAUGGCUGGGAUCUGUCGGAUGCUUCAGUAGUGUGUAGAGAAGUGGGCUGUGGUGAUGCUAUAGAAGUGAAGAGAGGCGGUUAUUUCGGACAAGGAUCAGGAGGACCAAUAAAGAUACACAGAGUUAACUGCGCUGGAAGUGAGUUAAUGUUGAGCAGUUGUGUAUCUGAGGAUGGCGCCGUGGAUCCGAGUGUUUGUGAUAUUUCCAAGACCGCUGGAGUCAUCUGUCAGCCCCUUACAAGGUUGGUGAACGGUAACAAACCUUGUUUCGGAACAGUGGAGAUUUACCUUGCUCGAGAAUGGGGAACAGUGUGUGAUGGUGGCUGGGAUGAAAAGGAAGGGAUAGUAGUGUGCAGAGAAAUGGGUUGUGGAAAUUUUAAAGAAGCAAUAAAAGAUGCCAACAGUGGCCAGGGCUCAGGGCCGGUGUGGUUGAAAGAUUUGGAAUGUUCAAAUUCAGAAAGUAUGCUGCGAUACUGUAGUAUAAAGGAAUGGGAGCGGGACGUUUGUGAACAUAAAGACGAUUCUGGGAUUAACUGUGAAUACCCCGUCAGACUGACAGGAGGCAGCACUUGUUCUGGUGUGGUUGAGGUUUAUCGUGGUGGUCUGUGGGGACCGGUGUGUUAUGAUGGUUGGGAUCUAACAGAUGGUGCAGUGGUGUGUAGAGAACUGGGCUGUGGAGAUGUUAUAGAGACUAACAGUGCUCCAUUACAAAUACCAGCAAAGAUGAAUAAUGUCAACUGCGACGGGAGUGAAUCUACACUGAUGCGCUGUGGCUGGUCUGCACAAAACUGUUCUUCUAACCUGCAUGCUACAGUCAAAUGCAGAUCAAUAAAGGUAGUGAAUGGGUCCAGCAGAUGUUCUGGAACAGUACAGAUUCUUCAAAGUGGAUCGUGGUGGGCGGUGUGUGAUGCUGGUUGGGAUGUAAAAGACGCACAGGUGGUUUGCAGAGAGCUGGGAUGCGGUGAAGUUGAGAUGGCUGUUUCUGGGCUGCUUGCGCUACAGUCGUGGAGGACAAAUGUUGAUUGCCAAGGAGGCGAAAACUCAUUUACAAAAUGUAUUUCUACCUCUGGAAGCAACCUCUGUGGUCCAGGAAGUCAUGCAGGAGUCAUAUGUGGAGAAGUGACUUAUAAAUACAGGUUAAGAUUGGAGGUAACAGGUGACCCUGCUGUUGACCCACAUGACCCUGACAUCAGAGACAUCAUUCUGAGAAAGAUAAUGGAAAAGCUACCAGUAGAUCGGACGUUUACACUCAGCUGGAAAACUCAGUCCGAUGGAAAAAUCUUUCAGCAAAAAAACAAAGUGUGAAGUGACCUACGAUUCUUUCACAAAUGUGACCCUGGAUCAGUCUUAAGUAGCAUGAAACCAUUUUUUAGGGAAAGCCAAAAAUACAUUGAAUGGGUCAAAAUUAUCGAUUUUUCUUUUAUGCCAAAAUUCUGUAGGACAUUAAGUAAAGAUCAUGUGCUAUUAAGAUAUUUUGUACAUUUUCUACCCUACAUGUAUAAAAAGUUAUUUUUGUAGUGGAUGGCCUGCUACAGCGCCUCUGAUGGACAACUUUAAAAGCGAUUUUCUCAAUGUUUCAAAUUCUGUGCACCAUUAGACUCCAGAGUUAAAAACAUCUGUAUCUCCGCCAUAUAUUGUACUAUCCUUAACAACUCCUACAUCAUUAGAAAGCUUAAUUAUUUAGCUUUCAGAUGAUGUAAAAAUCUAAAUUUCGAAAAAUUUACCUAAAAGACUGGUUUGCUGUCCAGGGUCACAAAUAGGUUUCUAAGGUCAUCAGUCAAAUACAGAAGAAAUACUAGAUUCUAGCUUUAGUGAAAAGUUUAAAACUAUAUAUGCCCAAUACUAAUAAUACUGGCCUCUUAAUGUUACACAGAUAUUAAAUAGUUUUAUGAAGGAUAGUGUAGUAAAAAUACAAUUUAGCUAAAAAAUGUAUUUUGCAAAAUUGAAACAAAUUUUUUUAGUAAGCAGAUAAUUUCAAAAGUUAUUGUUAGUUGCUUUUAUUAUUAAUUCAUUAUUAUUUAAACCUCCCUUUAGCUUGCUUCUUUUUUCUUUUAGUUGUUUACUGCUUUGCAUUCAUAUAAGGAUCAAUCUUUUACCGUGUAUACAUAUAUCAAUUAAAUUCUAUUAUUGUUCAAUUUACAAAACAUUCAGUUGUUUCAGUUUGUGCCGCAGUAACUGGCUUGCAUUACAACCAUAUUCAUAGUAUUUUCAUAGUAGUAUUGUGUGUUUAGUAAAAAGUGCACUGUAUUCCACAGAUGAUGAGGUCAAUAGCGCAAAUACAUGAAUGACAUUUAGGGCCGGGGUCAUGAGA